AUGGAGGUAGAUCACUCUCAGUCGUCAAUUACUCGUCGAAGAAGACCAGCACUAUCCUGUACGGUGUGCAGGCGCCGGAAGCUGAAAUGCGACCGAUCGCUUCCAUGUGGACAAUGCGUCAAGUCGAAGACACUUGAUCAAUGCGUUUACUCGGCCCCCAAAUCGUCGCACAAAGCACUUGGAGUACCGACCUCCCUGUCAACAAGUUCGCCCUCAGAGCACAGAGACGCCCCAAGUGAUGCCGCUAGUUUAGUAGGAAACGGCUUGUACGUGUUUGACUCAAAGAACCGCAUCGCCAAACCUCGCGGACGGCCAGAUGAGCUCCAAGAACUGCGCCAUCGCGUGCAAACUCUUGAGCGGGCGCUGGCGAGGAGCGAACCUGUGCAGACUCCAGAAAGUUCGGGAUACGAUUCUGCUUCGGAGCUCCGAAUCUCAGACCCUGUCUCAAACAAAGUCAGGAACCUGCCUGAUAUAGCGUGCUUCCGGGGUAAGAAUGGCCGGACACGUUUUCGGGGCCGGUCGACCUGGGAAUUAUCAUUCAGAUUCCUCAAUGAUGUGGUAGCCUUCCUGCAAGGCCGGAAAAAAGACCUCAAAGCCGAGGGCUCGGAAUUCCGGAAGAUGAAGCAUUUCAGGUGCGAAGUAAGAGCCAAAGAAUUGAAGGAACAGGAGCUCGUGGACCAAAAAAGACCCGACUCCAUGAGGGAGAUGCUUCCACCUCGGACCAUCGCUGAUGAACUGCUCAAUCUAUAUAUGUCGACCUUUGAGACAACAUACAGGAUUCUACACGUUCCCAGUUUUCGAAAGGAGUACGACGCAUAUUGGGCUAAUCCCGGGGCUGCUGAUAUGUUCUUCAUAGCAAAGCUCCUGUCGCUGAUGGCGGCAGCGAGCUGCUUCAUUAGCCCUACAGCAACAGUCAACGAAAAGGAUACUUUGCACGAUGUUGCAAUCGGGUGGAUCCUGGGUGUUCAGUCGUGGGUUGCGUCUCUUCUCGUGAGCGCCACGGCUAGAAUCGAUACACUGCAGAUUCAUUGCCUUCUUAUGAUAGCGCGCCAGGCGCUUGCUAUCGAUGGAGACGUUGUAUGGGUCACUUCAGGUUCGCUUGUUCAUUCAGCCAUGAUCAUGGGAAUGCACCGAGAUCCUCUACGUUUCAGUAAAAUGACUCCAUUCUGGGCCGAGAUGCGUCGCCGACUAUGGGCAACUAUCCUUGAGUUGGACUUGCAAGCAUCUGUCGACAUUGGGGUGGCGCCAACGAUUGAUCCAGACCAAUAUGACUGUGAUCCGCCGUCAAACUGUGAUGACGAAGACCUCACCGAGGAUAUGCUAAAUGGCCCGGUGAACAAGGAUAGCGUCAUCCUCACCCAAACCAGCUUUCAGACCAUGCUUGCUCGUUCUUUACCGAUACGAGUACGUAUCGCAAAAGCUACUAAUAGCUUAAAGUUCAACUUGCCAUAUGAUGAAGCAUUGCGACUUAGUGAGGACCUCAUGCGUUAUAUGAACGAGGCUCUGGUUCCUUUUCCUACACCAGCAUCAAAUCCCGGCAAUCCAUCUUUCGCCAGGUCAUUCAUGCUCUUCUUGAUGCAACGCUCUCUCCUUAUCUUACACCGCCCCUACUCACAGAGUGUUUCCCUGUCACCCAAAUACUCCUACUCUCGCAAAGUCUGUCUGGAGACCGCGUUGGAACUGUUAUCCCAGUUUGAAAUACCGUUUCCUAGCUUUCAGACAACUCGGAUUCCUUCUCUUGGACACAUUGGCGGAGGCAUGUUUCGUGACGAGUGUUCACAUGCUGCAAUAACGCUUUGCUUGGAAUUAUCGCUGCAGAUUACUGAAUCCGGCUCGAACUCAGCACCUACCGCUCCGAGUGGUCUGAACGAUCUAGUCCGAUCACAACAGGAUUGUUUGUUCAGGGUUCUCGAGCGGACGCAAGACACCUUCCGCAGCCGGAUAUCUCCAAAAGGCAGUGGAUGCAAGGCUUUCGUCUUUCUCAGCAUGUCUGUGGCUGCUGUCAAAGCAAGGCUCAACGGGGAAGACCCCCUGAAGAGAAUCGAGCAGGCUGCAUUGCGAGCGGUCAAAGUGUGCCAACACAUCAUGAGUGGCACACCCUAUGACGAAUUGCAAACACAGACCGAUAGUGAGCCCUCUGAUUUCGGACAAUCAUCUACACACACUCCAGAGUUCGGCUCUUCCACAUCCGAUUUCUCAUUCGACCCUAUAUCUUUUCUAUCUACAAAUCCUAAUGACCCCCUCGAUUUUAACAACAUCUUUGACGCAUCGUAUUACCGAAUGCCGGAGCUUUGGGAUCCCAACUUUCUUUCAGUCUAA